AUGGGCUCCCAAGGUGACGCCAGAGACAGAGGGCCUACCUCCCCGGAGGCAAUAACGGGCGGGGAGACCCUGAACCCACGACCGGGGGACCCUGAGGUGAUCCAACGAUACAUUGGUGACCUCAAGACCUACCUUACCCAGAUGAUCUCUCAAAGCACAAGAGAAAUAAAGGCAGAGAUCUGGGAGGUGGGACAGCGAAUGGCCGAUCUAGAGGAGAGAGUGGAGACGGUGGUGACAGCUCACAACCACAUGGCCGACUGCACCCUGGAGCUCCACCAACGAAUUCUGGCACUGCCCGUCCCGCCGGAACAACCUCCGACUGCGGGGCGUACCGGAGGGAGCUGGUGA